AUGGCUCCUGGAAAAGGCUUUUUUGUGACCAAAUUCAUUCUGCUGGAAUUAACAAACCAGCGAGAUCUUCAACUCCCUCUAUUCUUCCUGUUCCUAGGGAAGUACAUGCUCACUGCGCUGGGAAGUUUGGGAUUGAUAAUCCUAACUGCACUGAAUUCACACCUACACACCCCCAUGUACUUUUUCCUGUUUAACUUGUCUUUCAUAGAUCUCUGUUAUUCUUCUGUGUUUACACCCAAAAUGUUGAUUAACUUCACAUCAAAGAAGAAUAUUAUCUCUUACAUGGGGUGCAUGACUCAGCUCUACUUCUUCUGUUUUUUUGUCAUUUCUGAAAUCUAUGUGCUGACUUCAAUGGCCUAUGAUCACUAUGUGGCCAUCUGUAACCCACUCUUAUAUAACAUUGUCAUGUCCCCUAAAGUGUGUUCCAGCCUUAUGCUUGCUUCCUACUUGAUGGCAUUUUCUGGUGCCAUGGCUCACACUGGAUGCAUGCUCAGGCUGACCUUCUCUGAUGCAAACACCAUCAACCAUUAUUUCUGUGACAUCCACCCUCUGCUCCAGCUCUCCUGCACAAGCACCUUCAUCAAUAAGCUGGUAGUUUUCUUCGUGGCAGGCAUCAAUAUAAUUGUGCCCAGCAUUGCCAUCUUUGUCUCUUAUGGCCUCAUUUUCUCCAACAUCUUUCAUAUCAGCUCCACGGAAGGCAGGUUCAAAGCCCUAAACACCUGCAGUUCUCACAUAAUUUCUGUUUCUCUGUUCUUUGGGUCAAUGUCAUUUAUGUAUCUCAAACCAUCUUCUGCUUGGUCUGUGGAUGAUAGAAGAAUCUCUUCUGUCUUUUACACCAAUGUGGUUACUAUGAUGAACCCCUUAAUCUACAGCUUUAGAAAUAAAGAUGUGAAAACAGCUCUGAGAAAAAGUAUAAAUGGAAUUCAGUUUUGA